AUGACCAUGAGCUCGCCGCCACCCGGCCGUGUCAAGCACCUCAAGACGGCGGUGUACCGCCUCGUCGUGGACAACCUCCUCGCCGUCGCCGCCGUGCCAGUACUUGUAGUGGCGGCGACCGUCGUUCUCCUCAGAGACGAGCUCCUCCCCCGGCUUGGCGCCGUGCGGCACGUCCACCUCUUCCUCGCGGCGUUCGUCCCGUUCGCCGUGGCCACCCUCCGCCUCCUUCGCCGCCCACGCGGCGUCUACCUCGUCGACUAUGCUUGCUUCCGGCCACCGCCGACGUGCCGCGUCCCCUUCGCCACCUACGCCGAGCACUGCCGCCUCACCCCGAACAUCGACGACGGCAACUUCCGGUUCAUGACGCGCAUGCUGGAGCGCUCGGGCCUCGGCGACCGGACCUACGUGCCCCACAGCAAACUGUACCUUCCGCCGCGCUCCGGGUUGGAAGAAGCCCGCGAGGAGGCGGAGCAGGUGGUGUUCGCGGCGGUCGGCGACCUCCUCGCCAGGACGCGCAUCCGCCCCGACGCGAUCGACAUCGUCGUCACCAACUGCAGCGGCUUCUGCCCGACGCCGUCGUUCGCCGACAUGGUCGUGAACAGGUUCAAGCUCCGCGGGGACGUCCGCGCCGUGCACGUCUCCGGGAUGGGGUGCAGCGCGGGGCUGAUCGCCGUGGAGGUCGCGCGCAACCUCCUGCAGGCGGCGCCCCGGGGCGCGCACGCGCUGGUGGUGUCGACGGAGACCACCUCGUUCUUCCACUACAACGGGACGAGCCGCUCGAUGCUCCUGCCUACCGCGCUGUUCCGCAUGGGCGGCGCCGCGGCGCUGCUCACCACGUCGUCGACGAGGUCCACCCCCUCCCGCUCCCGGUACCGGCUGUCGCACGUCGUGCGGACGCUCACCGCCGCGGAUGACAGGGCGUACCGGUGCGCGGCCCAAGAGGAGGACGGCGAGGGCAACCUCGGGGUGAAUCUGUCCGCGGACCUCGUCGCCGUCGCCGGCCAGACGCUCAAGGCCAACAUCGCCACGACAGGCUCCCGCGUGCUCCCGACGUCGGAGAAGAUCCGCUUCGCGCUAUCGCUCGCCGCGCGGAGGUUGCUCCCCGGCACCGGCAGCCGCCUCUACGUGCCGGACUUCCGCACGGCGUUCGAGCACUUCUGCAUCCACGCCGGCGGGCGGGCGGUGAUCGACGCCGUGCAGACCAGCCUGGGCCUCCGCGACGAGGACGUGGAGCCGUCGCGGAUGACGCUGCACCGGUUCGGGAACACGUCGAGCAGCUCGGUGUGGUACGAGCUGGCGUACAUCGAGGCGAAGGGGCGGGCGCGGGAGGGCGACCGCGUGUGGAUGGUCGGGUUCGGGUCCGGGUUCAAGUGCAACAGCGUGGUGUGGGAGUGCGUCGGGCCGCCGCCGCGUGGCGACGCCGCGAGUGGGCCGUGGGCCGAUUCCAUCCACGAGUACCCUGUGGCCAUCAGCAACGGCAAAAACAUGGCCUGA